GAUUUUUACAAUAAGGGGAGAUUGGGAGAGAGAGCUGGUUUUGUGCCGAUCCCCGGGCACAUACCAGGCACUCGCUGCAGCAGGAGGGUCGCUCCCGGAGAAGCUCCCGUGGCGGGACGCUCUCGAAGCCGGCAGCAACAAGACUGCGAGCGCUCGCUCUCUGCCUUUACCAUGAGCAACGCGAGUCAAAAGCUGGGCUCGCCCGCGGCACCAGCGGCGGCGGCGGCGGCGGCAGACGGAGAGAUGCCAGCCACCGAGAAGGACCUGGCGGACGACGCGCCCUGGAAGAAGAUUCAGCAGAACACAUUCACCCGCUGGUGCAACGAGCACCUCAAGUGUGUGAACAAGCGGAUCGCCAACUUACAGACAGACCUGAGCGAUGGGCUGCGCCUCAUCGCCCUGCUGGAAGUUCUCAGCCAGAAGAAGAUGUUCCGAAAGUUUAACCAGCGACCCAACUUCAGGCAGAUGCAGCUGGAGAACGUGUCGGUGGGCCUGGAAUUCUUGGACCGGGAAAAUAUCAAGUUAGUCUCUAUCGACAGCAAGGCCAUUGUCGACGGCAAUUUGAAGCUGAUCCUGGGUUUGAUAUGGACCCUCAUCCUGCACUACUCCAUCUCCAUGCCCAUGUGGGACGAGGAGGACGACGAGGCGAAGAAGCAGACGCCCAAACAGCGGCUGCUCGGCUGGAUCCAGAACAAGCUGCCGGACAUGCCUAUCACCAACUUCAGCCGUGACUGGCAGUCGGGCAAGGCCCUAGGCGCCUUGGUGGACAGCUGCGCUCCUGGCCUGUGCCCCGAUUGGGAGACCUGGGAUGGGACGAGGCCCGUGGACAACGCCCGCGAGGCAAUGCAGCAGGCUGACGACUGGCUGGGCAUUCCUCAGGUUAUCACCCCCGAGGAAAUCCUGGACCCCAACGUGGACGAGCAUUCCGUCAUGACGUACCUGUCGCAGUUUCCCAAAGCCAAGCUCAAACCGGGGGCCCCCCUUCGGCCAAAGCUCAAUCCAAAGAAAGCUAGAGCCUAUGGACCAGGCAUUGAACCAACUGGGAACGUGGUGAUGAGGAAGGCGGAAUUCACCGUGGAGACAGUGAGCGCCGGGCUUGGCGAGGUGCUCGUUUACGUCGAAGACCCUGCGGGCCAUCGUGAGGAGGCAAAGGUGACGGCGAACAACGACAAGAACCGCACCUACUCCGUUUACUACAUUCCCAAGGUGGUCGGACUGCACAAGGUGACCGUGCUGUUCGCAGGGCAGCACAUCUCCAAGAGCCCCUUCGAGGUGACGGUGGGAAAGGCCCAGGGCGAUGCCAGCAAGGUGACAGCCCAGGGCCCCGGGUUGGAGUCCCUGGGAAACGUCGCCAACAAGGCCACCUACUUCGACAUCUACACCGCAGGCGCCGGGGUCGGCAACGUGACGGUCACCGUGACCGACCCCAACGGCAAGGAGGACACGGUCAGUGUGGAGCUGGAGGACCGGGGAAACAACUGCUACCACUGCACCUACCGGCCCACCGUUGAGGGGCUCCACACCAUCACCAUCAGCUUCGCUGGUGCCCCCAUCCCCAAGAGCCCCUACUCGGUCACCAUCGCCAAAGCGUGUAACCCCAAUGCCUGCCGGGCCAUCGGCAGGGGGCUGCAGCCCAAGGGAGUGCGGCUAAAGGAGACGGCGGACUUCAAAGUCUACACCCAGGGAGCGGGCAGCGGAGAGCUGAAAGUGCUGGUGAAGGACCCGAAGGGUCUUGAGGAACUGGUCAGGCAGAAGGACCUGGGCGAAGGUGUCUAUGCCUGUGAGUACUACCCCAACACGCCGGGCACCUACAGCGUCACCAUCACCUGGGGCGGUCAGCACAUUCCUCGCAGCCCCUUCGAGGUGAAGGUGGGGUCCGAGGCCGGCCCGCAGAAGGUGAGGGCGUGGGGUCCGGGCCUGGAGGGCGGUGUGGCUGGACAGUCGGCCGACUUCGUGGUGGAGGCCAUCGGCACCGACGUCGGGACCCUGGGUUUCUCCGUCGAGGGGCCGUCCCAAGCCAAGAUCGAGUGCGACGACAAGGGGGACGGCUCGUGCGAUGUCCGCUACUGGCCCACGGAGCCCGGCGAGUACGCCGUCCAUGUCCUCUGUAACAACGAGGACAUCAAGUACAGCCCCUUCAUGGCCGACAUCCAGGCCGCCCCGCCCAACUUCAAGCCCGACAAGGUUCGCGCCUACGGCCCAGGCUUGGAGAGCACGGGGAACGUCAUCAACAAGCCCGCCGAGUUCACCAUUGACGCCAAGACCGCGGGCAAGAGCCAGCUGAAGGUGUACGGUCAGGACGCGGAGGGGAUGCCGAUCGACGUGCGGGUCCGAGAUAACAAAGACGGUACCUACUCAUGCUCCUACACACCGAAGCAGCCCAUCAAACACACCGUCCUGGUGUCCUGGGGUGGGGUCAGCAUCCCCAACAGCCCCUUCCGGGUCAACGUCGGGGCGGGCAGUCACCCGCAGAAGGUCAAGGUCUACGGGCCGGGAGUGGCCAAAACAGGCCUGAAGGCCUUCGAGCCGACGUACUUCACCGUGGACUGCGCUGAGGCCGGACAAGGUGACGUCAGCAUCGGGAUUAAGUGUGCCCCGGGUGUGGUGGGCCCGGCGGAGGCCGACAUCGACUUUGACAUUAUCCGCAACGACAACGACACCUUCACCGUGAAGUACACUCCCCCCGGCGCGGGCCACUACACCAUCAUGGUGCUGUUCGCCGACCAGGCCAUUCCGAUGAGCCCCCUCCGCGUGAAGGUGGAACCGUCCCACGAUGCCAGCAAGGUGAAGGUCGAGGGCCCCGGGCUGAGCCGAACUGGAGUGGAGAUGGGCAAACCGACCCACUUCACAGUCCACACCAAGGGAGCUGGCAAGGCCAAACCCAAUGCCCAGUUCACCGGGCCGACCAAGGGCGAGGCGGUGCGAGACAUGGAGAUUGUCGACAACCACGACGAGACCUACACCGUCAAGUACACGCCAGUGCAGCAGGGUAACCUCGGCAUCAGCGUCACCUACGGGGGCGACUCCAUCCCCAAGAGCCCCUUCAAUGUCGGCGUGGCGCCCUCGGUCGACCUGAGCAAGAUUAAGAUCACCGGGCUGAACGACAAGAUGGAGGUGAGCACGGACCAGGAGUUCACGGUGAAGUCGAAGGGCGCAGGAGGGCAGGGCAAGGUGGCUGCCAAGAUCCUGGGCCCCAAUAACAAGGCGGUGCCCUGCAAGGUGGAGCCUGGGCUCAGCGCGGACAACAGCAUCGUCAAGUUCAUCCCCCAGAGCGAGGGGCCCUACCAGGUGGACGUGACCUACGACGGUAUCCCCGUGCCGGGCAGCCCCUUCCCCGUUGAGGCCGUGGCCCCCUCCAACCCUGCCAAGGUUAAAGCCUACGGACCAGGCCUGCGAGGUGGUGUGGUAGGAUCGCCUGCCCCCUUCACCAUCGACACGAAAGGAGCCGGGGCAGGAGGCCUCGGCCUGACUGUGGAGGGACCCUGCGAGGCCAAGAUCGAGUGCCUGGACAAUGGUGACGGGACCUGCUCCGUGUCCUAUCUCCCCACCGAGCCUGGCGACUACUCCAUCAACAUCCUCUUUGCCGAGGCCCACAUCCCCGGCUCGCCCUUCAAGGCCAAGGUCCAGGGCUCCUUCGACGCGUCCAAGGUGAAGGCCUCGGGCCCGGGGCUGGAGAGGGCCCGGGCCGGCGAGCGGGGCAACUUCGAGGUGGACUGCAGCAACGCCGGAGCGGCCGAGCUCACCAUCGAGAUCAUCUCGGAGUCCGGGGCGCCGGCCGAGGUCCACGUGCAGGACAACGGCGACGGGACCUACACCAUCACCUACAUCCCCCUCUACCCGGGCACCUACACCAUCACCAUCAAAUACGGCGGGCAGCUGGUGCCCAAUUUCCCCGCCAAGCUGGAGGUGGAGCCGGCCAUCGACACUUCCGGCGUCCAGGUCUACGGGCCUGGAGUGGAGGGACUGGGAGUGUACCGGGAGGCAACGACGGAAUUCGAGGUGGACGCCCGGAAGCUGACCAGCACUGGGGGCAAGCACGUCCAAGCCCGCAUCACCAACCCCUCCGGCUCCCACACCGACGCCGUGAUUCGGGACAAGGGUGACGGGACCUACAAGGUCGAAUACACUCCAUUCGAGGAAGGUGUACAUUCCAUCGACGUUUCCUACGAUGACUCUCCCGUUCCGAAGAGCCCGUUCAAGGUGCCCGUGAAGGAAGGGUGUGACGCCGGCAGGGUGCGGGCCUACGGACCGGGCCUGGACGGUGGAAUCACCAACAAGCCCAACAAGUUCACCGUGGAGACCAGGAACGCAGGACCCGGUGGCCUGGGCCUUGCUGUCGAAGGCCCGUCUGAGGCCAAGAUCACCUGCAAGGACAACAAAGAUGGCAGCUGCUCUGUGGAAUACACGCCCUAUGAGCCGGGCACCUACGACGUCAUCAUCACCUACGGGGGCCAGCAGAUUCCCGGAAGUCCAUUCAAGGUUCCUGUGGGAGACACCGUCGACGCCAGCAAGGUCAAGUGCUCAGGACAGGGCCUGGGAAACAACGUCCGAGCCAACGUCCCACAAUCCUUCACUGUCGACACGAGCAAGGCAGGAGUGGCCCCUCUCAACGUCAGCGUGCUUGGGCCCAAAGGGGUGGUGGAACCAGUGCAGAUCGUGGACAAUCCCAACAGGACCAAGACUGUCAACUACGUCCCCACCUGCGAGGGCCCCUACACCAUUGGUGUCCAGUAUGGUGAUCAAGAGAUCCCACGGAGCCCCUACAAGGUGAAGGUUCUACCCACCCACGAUGCCAGUAAGGUCAGGGCCAGCGGACCAGGCCUCAACACGACCGGGGUGCCUGCCAGCCUGCCCGUGGAGUUUACCAUCGACGCCAAGGAUGCGGGCGAGGGCCUGCUGACCGUCCAGAUCACCGACCCCGAGGGCAAGCCCAGGAAGGCGAACAUCCGCGACAACGGCGACGGCACCUACACCGUCUCCUACAUCCCGGCCAUGGCCGGCCGCUACACCAUCCUCAUCAAGUACGGCGGCGACGAGAUCCCGUACUCCCCGUACCGCAUCCGAGCCCUGCCCACCGGCGACGCCAGCAAGUGCACGGUCACAGUGUCAAUUGGAGGUCACGGCCUAGGUAAGAUGCUUGCCUAUGUCACCUUGUCUUUAGUUUUAUGCUUGUUGCUCCCUCCUCACCCCCCCCCCACCCCAUUCCCUCCCUCCCUUAACAACCUCGGAGCACGUUGGCUAAUUGGUUUCCAAAAACCCCUCUGCACCCUGCCAGGCGAGGUCCUGAUGCCCUCCGGGAAGAAGGCCAAGCCCUACAUCGCGGACAACAAGGACGGGACGGUGACGGUCAAGUUCGCCCCCACCGAGCUCGGCCUGCAUGAGAUGAGCAUCAAGUACGAUGGGAAUCACAUCCCAGGGAGCCCCCUCCAGUUCUACGUGGACUUUGUCAACAGUGGCCACGUCAAUGCCUACGGACCCGGUCUGAUCCACGGCGUGGUCAACAAGCCCGCCGUCUUCACCGUCGAUACCAAGGACGCCGGAGAGGGCGGCCUGUCCCUGGCCAUCGAGGGCCCAUCGAAAGCUGACAUCAGCUGCCUGGACAACAAGGACGGGACGUGCACGGUCUCCUACCUGCCGGUGCUGCCAGGAGAUUACAACAUUCUGGUCAAAUAUAAUGACAAGCACAUUCCCGGAAGUCCCUUCGUGUCCAAGAUCACAGGGGACGACUCCAUGCGGAUGUCCCAGCUGAAGGUGGGGUCGUUGACGGACAUCCCCCUGCAGAUCGGUGAGACGGACCUGGGCCAGCUGGUGGCCACCGUCGUCGCCCCCUCUGGCCGGGAGGAGUCCUGCCUCCUGAAGCGGCUUCGCGACGGCAACAUCGGCAUCUCCUUCACCCCCAAGGAGGUGGGCGAGCACGUGGUGAACAUCAAGAAGAACGACCGCCACAUCGCCAACAGCCCCAUCACCGUCAUGAUCAACCAGUCCGAGGUGGGCGACGCCGGGCGGGUUCGCGUCACCGGCCCGGGGCUGACGGAGGCUCACACCUUCGAGCCGGCUGACUUCACCAUCGACACCAGGGAGGCGGUGAUGGGGGGGUUAUGGUGGCCUGGCCUCUCCAUCGAGGGCCCCAGUAAAGUGGAUAUCAGCACGGAGGAGCUGGAUAACGGCAGCUGCAAAGUCACCUACUGCCCUACCGAGCCCGGCAACUACAUCAUCAACAUCAAGUUUGCCGACCAGCAUGUGCCAGGCAGCCCGUUCACGGUGAAGGUGACAGGCGAGGGCCGAGUGAAGGAGAGUAUCACGCGGAGACGAAAGGCUGCGUCGGUCGCCAACGUCGGCAGCCAGUGCGACCUCAACUUGAAGAUUCCCGAGAUAAAUGUGGGGGACAUGACCGCCCAGGUGACGAGUCCUUCCGGAAAGAUCCACGAAGCGGAGAUCAUGGAGGGCGAGGAGAGCACGUACUGCAUCCGCUUCGUGCCGACGGAGAUGGGCGUCCACACGGUCAGCGUGAAGUACCGGGGCCAGCACGUCCCCGGCAGCCCGUUCCAGUUCACCGUGGGGCCGCUGGGCGAGGGCGGCCCACACAAGGUGCGAGCCGGGGGCCCCGGGCUGGAGAGGGCCGAGGCCGGCAUUCCAGCCGAGUUCAACAUCUGGACGCGGGAGGCGGGAGCCGGCGGCCUGUCCAUUGCUGUCGAGGGCCCCAGCAAGGCCGAGAUCGCCUUCGAGGAUCGGAAAGACGGUUCAUGUGGAGUGUCCUACGUCGUACAGGAGCCCGGUGACUACGAGGUGUCGAUCAAGUUCAACGACGACCACAUCCCAGACAGCCCCUUCAUCGUGCCCGUGGCCUCCCCGUCCGACGACGCCCGCCAGCUCACUGUUACGAGUCUUCAGGAGUCGGGCCUAAAAGUUAACCACCCAGCAUCCUUUGCUGUCUGCCUGAACGGGGCAAAGGGCAUGAUAGAUGCCAAAGUGCACAGUCCGUCAGGGGCGCUGGAGGAGUGUUGUGUAUCCGAGAUUGAUGAAGAUAAGUACGCGGUGCGAUUCAUCCCCCGGGAGAACGGCAUCUACCUGAUUGACGUGAAGUUCAACGGCUCACAUAUCCCCGGAAGCCCGUUCAAGAUCCGCGUGGGCGAGCCGGGCCAGGCCGGCGACCCGGGAAUGGUGUCGGCGUCGGGACCCGGACUGGAGGGCGGCGUUACUGGCGUCCCCACCGAAUUCGUCGUCAACACCUCGAAGGCCGGGCCGGGCGCCCUCUCCGUCAGCAUCGACGGGCCGUCCAAGGUGAAGAUGGACUGCCGGGAGUGUGCUGAAGGCUACCUGGUGACCUACACCCCACUGGCGCCUGGCCACUAUCUCAUCUCCAUCAAGUAUGGUGGCCCCUACCACAUCGUGGGCAGCCCCUUUAAGGCCAAGAUCACCGGCCAGCACCUCGUAACCAGCCACAGCCUCCACGAGACGUCCUCGGUCCUGGUGGACGCUGGCAGCAGGACCCUGGCGGCCGCCCCGCGCAGCGCCAGCCCCAAGCCGCCCUCCGACGCCAGCAAGGUGGCGGCCAAGGGCCUCGGCCUCAACAAGGCCUUCGUCGGGCAGAAGAACUCCUUCACCGUGGACUGCAGCAGAGCAGGUUCGAACAUGUUACUUGUUGGUGUCCACGGCCCCAAGGUGCCCUGCGAAGAGGUUCUGGUGAAGCACCUGGGGGGCAAACUCUACAGCGUGUCCUACAUCCUCAAGGAGAAAGGCAACUACACCCUCGUGGUGAAGUGGGGAGACGAUCACAUCCCCGGCAGUCCCUUCCAAGUCACUGUCCCCUGAUCCAACCCACCCCCCUACCAGCUUUGCACUCUGUUCCUGACUCCUGCUUCUGACCAUUAAAAUGCUUGUGGUGUAGUUCGGGGUGGAGAGAGCUGGCGGGGUGUGUGGCAUUGGGGGGGGUAGGGCGGGGGAAUAGCUUCUCCAGCACCCGCCUGCCCUUUCCGUGCUCUGGGUUUUGUCCGCUGAGAGAGUGGACACCUCCCCCGAUUAAGCGUCUGUCUCUCUUCGCCGGAGGGGUGUCACUCACUGUCAGGAUCUCUGGCCGGUGCUUUGGCUCUGUAGCCUUCCAUGGGCUGGGUUGUCUCUCUUUUCCUUAUAGCGCACAUCGCAACCAAAAACGACCAAUUAAAACUAUUGUAUAAUAA